GCAUUUUGUUUGAUGAGGUAAAAGAGGGAGAAGGGCAGCUCAACGCUCCGAUACAACCUAAGUGUGCUCUCUCCACAUCUAGCUUUUAAAACCCCUCCUGGGCUUUGGCGGCGAUCUCGCCAACCAAGAAGAGCUCGGCACUUGCCGUAGAAGUUCGAUCUCUCUCUCUCUCUCUCUCUCUCUCUCUCUCUCUCUCGGUGCUAGCGCGGUGAUAGUCUUGGAGGUGGAAGACAUGGCGCAGGUGGUGGCGACGCGAACCAUCCAAAGCUCAUGCCUUUCUCACCCGGGCUCCAGAUCCUGGGCCCGGGGAAGCCACCUGCAGGAGCUGAAGCCCUCGCUGCUCCCGGCAAGGUUCCACCACCAGGAGAAGGAGAGGAGGAGGGGGAUGGGCAGCUGUUGCCGCUCCCCGGUGGUUGCCGUGGCGAGCCCGCUUUCUCGCCCCGACUCCGGUGUUCGUGCUGCGUCUCCGGAUGACUUAUCAAAGGAAGAAGAGCAAUUUCAGCAUCUGAAGAGCAUUCAGCAAGUGGGAGAAGUUCCAAAUGGAUUGUGGCCUAAGCCAAACGUGAUGAGGAAGACGAAGAUAGUCUGCACCAUCGGCCCAUCAACUAACACUAGGGAGAUGAUAUGGAAGUUAGCUGAGGCUGGCAUGAAUGUCGCUCGGAUGAACAUGUCUCAUGGAGACCAUGCAUCUCAUCAGAAAGUUAUCGAUCUCGUGAAAGAGUACAAUGAGCAAAACAAGGACAACGUACUUGCAAUCAUGCUUGACACCAAGGGCCCUGAGGUUAGGAGUGGUGACUUACCACAGCCAAUUACCUUAUCAAGUGGUCAAGAGUUCACUUUUACAAUAAAAAGAGGAGUUGGCUCAGAGACAUGUGUUAGCGUAAACUAUGAUGACUUUGUCAAUGAUGUAGAAGUCGGCGACAUGCUUCUUGUGGAUGGUGGAAUGAUGUCCCUAGUGGUUAAGUCGAAAACUGAGGAUUCUGUCAAAUGUGAAGUCGUUGAUGGAGGUGAACUCAAGUCCAGGAGGCAUCUGAAUGUCAGAGGAAAGAGUGCAACCUUGCCAUCCAUCACAGAGAAAGAUUGGGAUGAUAUCAAAUUUGGAGUUGAGAACAAAGUGGACUUUUAUGCAGUUUCCUUCGUUAAAGAUGCAAAAGUCGUCCAUGAAUUGAAGGAUUACCUGAAAAGUUGCAAUGCAGAUAUACAUGUAACUGUCAAAAUUGAAAGUGCAGAUUCAAUUCCGAAUCUGCAUUCCAUAAUCGCUGCAUCUGAUGGGGCUAUGGUAGCUAGAGGUGACCUUGGAGCUGAACUCCCUAUUGAGGAGGUUCCACUGCUGCAGGAGGAAAUUAUUAGAAUAUGCAGGAGCAUGGGAAAAGCUGUUAUUGUAGCAACGAACAUGCUGGAAAGCAUGAUUGUUCAUCCGACACCAACCCGUGCAGAGGUCUCAGACAUUGCCAUUGCAGUUCGUGAGGGUUCUGAUGCAAUAAUGCUCUCUGGGGAAACUGCUCAUGGGAAAUACCCACUUAAAGCUGUUAAAGUCAUGCACUCUGUAGCUCUGAGGACUGAAGCAACUAUGAAUGGAGGAGAAAGGCCAGCUAAUCUUGGUCAGGCAUUCAAGACUCAUAUGAGUGAAAUGUUUGCGUAUCAUGCAACAAUGAUGUCAAAUACCCUUGGCACGUCGAUUGUAGUCUUCACCAGAAGUGGAUUUAUGGCUAUCCUACUUAGCCAUUAUAGGCCUGCUGGCACGAUAUUUGCAUUCACCGAUGAGGAAAGAGUGAGGCAAAGGUUGGCUUUAUACCAGGGUGUGUGUCCAAUAUAUAUGAAAUUUUCAGAUGAUGCUGAAAGGACAUUUGCCGAUGCCUUGUCUUACCUGCAGGAACUAGGCAUGGUCAAGGAAGGAGAGCAGAUAGCUCUGGUUCAGAGUGGGCGGCAACCCAUUUGGCGGUCGCAGUCCACACACAACAUCCAGGUUAGAAAGGUUUAAGCAUCGGGACAUCUGUUGUUGAAGUCACCAAUUCUAUGCUGCAUUGUCUGACGAAACAACACCAAGCUCUAGCUGGAUGUUACUUUGUGGUAGAACUAGUAUCAAACUUUCGGUUGUAAUUCCCGUUUCUUGGUUUCUUUUGAUUGCGGUGUUGAAUUGUUCUCUUAGGCUUGCUUCAGUUCGAUAUAUUCUUUCAUGUCCAAGCAGAAUAAUUUAUAGUUUUCAUGCUUAGAAAAAGGAGAUUGAUGCUUGUGCUCUUAUUACUCUAUUAAUAAUUAAAUAGUGUGGCAUGCUUCGACUCUGCAA